AUGGAUCCAGAAUCCGACGGCCCGUGCUACACCUGUCGGAAUCGUCGCAUCCAAUGUGACCAGACCGGGGUGCCGUGCGCCAAAUGUCAGAAGGCUGGCCUGGAAUGUCUCGACAAACGGCCAUUCCGAUGGGUAAAAGGCGUGGCUAUCCGCGGGCGAAUGCAGGGCCGAUCGUACGACGCCAACAAAGCUGCGGAAGCCACUGCUGGCGGGAAACGGGUGGUGAUGAAAUCUAAUGCCACUCGGAGAGGCCCCGGAAAGCGGAAGGUCUACUAUACUAUCUUCGAUACGACAACUUUACCUAUUGUUCUACACGACCCUUCAACUUCACACUUGGAUCGAAAAUCCCAGUACUAUAUUGACUAUUUUAAUGACCGAAUAUGCAAACUUUUUAUCGUAUACGACAGCAACCGGAACCCAUUUAGGAGUCUGAUUCCAAUGGGAUAUCAAGACCCGGUUUUAAUGAAGGCGCUUCUUGCGCUUGCGGCCCGUCACCAUGUCAACACCGGUCAUUCAUUCCAUCAAACUGAAUUACCGGCAUCUUCUUCAUUGCAGCUUGCCAAUGCGAACCAGGAUGCCCUCUCCUUUAAACAUCAAGCGAUGGAGGCAUUAUCACACUCUCUGCGUGAUGCACAGUUGAGCAAAAAGGACACUACUGUUGCCAGCAUCUUCCUCUUGAUCUUUCUAGAUCUUCUCGAAUCGGGCAGUGAUGGCUGGAACUUUCAUCUACAGGGGGCGAAAAACUUAAUCGCAUCUACUUUCUCGCAUCCUGAAUCGGAGGAGGGUAUUAAUCAGGGGCCUGGACGAACACUCGAAGAAAUUCGAGGCUUCAUCAUCAAACAAAUUUACUUCAUUGAGACGCUUGGAGGGGCAUUCUUGCGCCCUAAAUUGUUAUCUCAUAUCUCAUCCUUCGACCACCAAAAAGAGCAAUACGAAGAGGCUAUUGAAGCCUCUUUCCUCGGAUGCCCCGAGUAUAUACUGACUGUAAUUCAACAGCUUUCAGUGCAAAGGGACAGCCUAGCCGAAGCUCAAAGGCCACUUGAUGAGGUCUCCGCCAAUACCUACCUGAAGGACACAGCAUCUUUAAUCGAAACUAUCAGGAGUUUUGACAGCUACGCCUGGGCUAAAAGUCUCCAGCGAUCCAGGAAUUCUUCAUCCCAAGAGAUCAUAGGGUUAUGUAACUUAUCUGAAGCAUACAAGCUUGGUGCUCUACUUUACGCAGGACGCAUCGUGGAUGCUCUGACUGAAAGGUCGAUCGAACAAAACCAUCUGGUUACAGAGCUCCUCGGCGUGACAGAGUCUCUGAAAGACAACCUCGAAAUCUUCAAAUGCAUUUUAUGGCCAAUGUUUGUCGCUGGUCUGGAGUGCCAAUGGCAGGCCCAAAGAGACUUUCUCAUCAGCUGUAUUGAGAAAUUCUGGGAUAUCACCAACUGUUUGAACGCGGUCAAUGCCGCAAAGACGCUGCAGGAAUACUGGCAGAAGGAAUCUUCAACAAAAGAAGAACGGUCGCAAUGGAUAUUUAGCAUGGGAAGUUUGGGCCGGGACUGGCUUUGGCUUUAG